AUGGCGCUGAACGCAGAAAGCAGCUUAUCACAUAAUACAGGUGUUAAAACUUUAUAUGAAUCAGACCUGGAAGAUGAAAACUACUCAUCUGUGGAGAGUUAUGGCAUUAGAGAACGCAGGCGUAAGCUGCACACUGAAGCGGAGCAGCGUCGUCGAAAUGCUAUAAAGAGGGGUUUUGAAGGGUUAUUAGAGCUCGUCCAUCCAAUGAAAAACGAAUCACCCUCUCCGUCCGUUAGGAUGAGUAAAUCGAGCAUAUUACAUAAAGCUAUCUAUAUGAUUGAAAGACUUGGAAAGCAAAAGCACCAGAAAUUGUCAGAAGUCGAAAGUCUAGAAAAGGAGGUUAAAGCUCUUCGAAUACUAUGCUUGAAUUAUGAGAAAAUAGUUCAAAACAGUCCGAAUUACGAAUGUAGAUCAGUCGAGCCGAUUCCAGAUGAUACAAAACUAGAAGUGUUUCGAGUGUUUUUUGACGCCAUGUUCCGUUCAUUUGACAAUUAUAUUGUAUUCAAUUCUUUUACUGACCUCUCAGCAUCAGUGAUAAAAUGGGUUGAAGAGAGCUGUAAACCUGAAAAAAUGGCAUUCCUCAUGGAUUCUGUUCUAACUAAUAUUUUUAACCAGAAUACUGAAAUGCCUUCCGUUAGCAGUCGAAAAUUACACUGUGAUACUUUACCAAUUUAUACAGACUGUAGUACCAAUGAUAGUCAAAAUCCUUCUGAAUCUAUUGGAUCCAUACAUCCUUCAACAGAGUCAUUACUUCAAAUCAAUCCGUUAAUAGGUCAAUCUUCAGUUUACACUUAUUCAUCUAAUAAUCUACCAACACUUACAAUUGCACCGACUACAAAUAUUAAUAAUUCCACAGUUAGUACUGAAAAGCGUACUCAACUUAAUCCAAAAUUUCCUAUAAUUUCUCAAGGUAAUUCCCAUUCGAAUAAAUUAAAUAUUGUCCGAUAUCCACCGCCACCUCCACUAGUACCAGGGUCUGUUACUACUCAUCCACAAGUCAGUCUUAUCGAUGUGAACUUUCAACAAUGUGAACAGCCAUCAAAAGAUAUACGUGAAGGUGAUAAUGCAUUUUAUAAUUUUAAUUCAAUGAUUCCUAAAAAUGUUAAUUCUACAUUAGUAGUUAUUGAUCAGUCAUCUUUACUCACUGAUGAUCAAGUUAAACAUGACAUUAAAUCAACAUCAUCAUCAUCAUCAUCACCUCAUACAAUAAACUCUUCUUGCAACUUAAUCAUGAAUGAGAUGAAUUUACCUAGAGAGCUGUCGUCAUUGCAUAAUUCUAGUCACGUUCAACAGUAUAAAGAGUUUAUUGACGAUUUAUUAUGA